AUGCUGCAGGAUCAAAUCAGCGAGGCCUUCUGCAACCAGAAAGUCAAACAACUUGGCGCGAGGCGUACGAUAGCAGAUCUAAAGCUCUUGAAGCAAGAGACUCUGCUUGUGCAGGUGCCCGAUGAUAUGCAGAGCAAGCGCAAGAUGACGAAGUAG